GAGGAGGAGGACAAGCCGCCGACGCCUUCCCGCGGUCUCGGUCGCGGCACGCAGCCUCACGCGCCCCGUUUCCGUUAGCUCAUCCCCGUCAGAUGUUGCCGCGCGCCUCCUGCUGAGCCACUCGUCGUUGAACUGGGGAUCGAGGAGGAGAAAACGACUCGUCAGCGGGAAAGGCAGCUCCGGGCCUCCGGGGAAUUCAAUUCGAGCAUCGCAUCGCAUGCUGUCUCCGCGUGCGCCUGCCCCAAUUCCUCGCCGCCGCCUCCUCUCUAUAUCAGCGCCCUCUCCGGGCAGAAUCAGUAUCGGCGACAGCAAUAGAAUCAGCUUCAGCAGAGGAGGAGAGAAGAAGCGCGGCCGCAUUUCGAGCGCGGAUACUCCGGCGCGCAUGGCGACCGACAGCGCCCUGACGAAGCUGGCCCCGCUGGAAGCCAUCCUGUUCGACAUCGACGGCACCCUCUGCGACUCCGACCCCAUCCACUUCUGCGCCUUCCGCGAGCUCCUGCAGCAGAUCGGUUUCAACGACGGUAUCCCCAUCACCGAGGAGUUCUACAGCGCCAACAUCAGCGGCGGGCACAACGACGACCUCGCCCGGUCCCUGUUCCCGGACAUGGAUCACGAUAAGGCUAUGCAGUUCAUGGAUGACAAGGAGGCGUUCUUCAGAAAGCUGGCACCAGGACGGUUGAAGGCCGUGGAUGGGCUGCACGACCUCUGCAGAUGGAUCGAAGGCUACAACCUGAAGCGCGCGGCGGUGACCAACGCUCCGAGGGCGAACGCCGAGCUGAUGCUGUCGCUGCUGGGGCUCACCGACUUCUUCCCGGUGCUCGUCAUCGGAAGCGAGUGCGACCGGGCCAAGCCGUUCCCGGACCCCUACCUCAAGGCCCUCGAGCUCAUCGGCGCAUCGCCUGACCACACCUUCAUAUUUGAAGACUCUGCAUCAGGGAUCCGAGCUGGCGUGGCUGCCGGCGUGCCUGUGGUUGGCCUGACGACGAGGAACCCUGCGAAGGCGCUCAGCGAUGCAGGAGCGAGCUUGCUGGUCAACGAUUUCCAGGAUCCGAAGCUGCUGUCCGUGCUGGAAGAGCUCAAACCCGUGACGGAAAAUGGGCAAGCCUGAUCGGUGAGCGGUGAUCGCAGUAUAAUAAGAUUGUCUUGCUGGAAAAAUACAUUGCGCUGCAGAAUAACUCUGGAUCCUCGGCUGGAACCUGGAAGUGAGCAUGGAUCUGUGCAGAAGUUGGUGCCUGCUGCAGUGGCUCCUAGCAUUCUGGUAAUGCGAAGCUCCUGGUCCUCCAUGAUAUCAGCUUAUGUCGCCAACCAUUUUUUUUCAUAAUGUAUUGAUCUAAAGGUUUUAUGUCAGUCGUUGCAUUUAAGGGAAACUUCAUGUACCAACACUAAUGCCCUAGUUGGAGCGUGAAAUAGUUCCUUCAGAUAAGGGUCCUGAUGUUCUUCUUCCUUA